UCUUAUUUCUCUCAUCUCUCUUCUAGAUCCGAGUUUGGCAGCGAUGGUGGCGGCAACAAUGGUGGCGACGACGAUGGUGUUAGCGGAGAUGGUGGCGCCGAUGGUAGGGGGCGGCGAUGGUGAGGAUGCGUCCGUGGGCUAUGUCGGUGAUGGUGAGAGUGGAGCGAUUAUGGUGGAGGGGGAUGGUGGAGAUGGUCGGAGAAUGGAUCGAUGGUGGAGCUGACGACAAUGGCUGGGCUGGCGGCGAGGAGGGGAGGGGCUACGGUGGAGGCUGUGGUGGGUUCUGUGGCAGGGCUGCUGGGAAAGGAAGGGGAGGGUAAUUUAGGCAUUUCAUACCUUAUUCAAGCCUCCACUAAAAAUGAGGAAAAGUCAAAGUAGGAAGCUUAUUCCCGGACGGAGGGAGUAUUUUAACUUUUUCAAAAUGUUUCGAACUCUUUCUAGUUUCUUUAACUCCUCGUAAUUUUUUCUAACUCCUUCCAUUUUUUCCAACAUACAACUUUAUUUCUCCUACAAAAAAAAGUAGUCUUAUUAUAGCAUCUUCCAGUUUCUUCUAACUCAUUCCAUUUUCUUCAAACAUUCACCAUAUUCCAACCGAAAAAGAACAAAUCCUUAGACAAAUCGGUAGGAAGACCGAAAUCAAUUGUUCAAAAUCAU